AUGCAACCAUUCGGUGUGGACAGAACAAACGUCAAGAAAAUUGCAUAUCUGAUUGGCUGUUUGUUUCUUCUACUUUCUUUCAUUGUAGAAUCAUCACAUGCAAAAUCCUAUUCAAUUAAAUCACUUUCGUCCGAAGUUUACAUUCGUGGUGGAGGUGACUGUGCUUUGGAUAUUGUAGAAUAUUUCGAUUAUGAAUUCGUUGGAUCUUAUUCAAGGAUUGGAAGAGUUCUUUGGUCCAGAAUUCAAUAUGCAUAUGAUGUUUCUGUAACUUUACUUUCGAAUAAUGCAACGUAUAGUAUGAGGACAUCUAUUGAAACAAUUAAUUACUAUGAUUAUAUUGUCAUGUAUUUGAGUCCUUCAACUCCACCAACUGAAACUACAAGAAUUUCAUUCAAACUUUCGUAUACAAUUGUACCAAACACGUAUUCUUCAAAAUUUAUCACCAAAUUCAUUAAUAUUGGUGGAUUUAAUGAAACAAGAUAUGAUAUUGAUUAUUAUUAUAACAAUGCAGAAUCACCUAUUGAAACACUCAUUUCCACUUUCAUCUUUAGUCCAACAAUUUCCUUCAGAAAAUAUCCUCAACCUGAUUCUUUCGAAUAUGGAAUGGCGGUCGAUAAUAGAACUGUUCGAAACCUCAACAAGAAUGUUUCAAUCCUCUAUUCAACAGUCAACUUUCUUCCAUCCACUUUACAAUUCGAUAAUUGCUCCACAAUAGUUGACAUGAAAUAUCCAACUCCCGCCAAAUCUUCCCGCCAAUCAGGAACUACCUUAAUACCAUUCGAAAUAUUUGCAAUUGUUGCAGGAUCAUUGGCAGGUUUUAUUUGUAUCGUUCUUGCAAUUGGUUGUGGAAUUGCUUCAAAAUAUAAGAAUCAAGAGACGAAACAUCUCAGUUGGUUUGAGUAUCUAAAGAAAGGUGCAUGUUGUACAUUAUUUGGUGGUGGUGGUGGAGGUGGAAAUAAUGGUGGAGGAGAUGAUAGAGGAUCAACUGGAUAUACUUCAUUUAAUGAUAAUGAUUGUUCGAAUUCUAAUUCGAAUAAUUGGGAUUCUGGUGGUGGUGGAGGAGGCGGUAAUGAUUCGGGAAAUAAUUGGGGAGGAUCUGGAUUUGCUGAUUAG